AUAACUGAACGAACCGAAUACUUUUAUUGGUAGAGUUUUCAUGAACCAAACUAACCAAAUACCAAAUCAAAUCAACUUUUUUGUUCGGUUCAAUUAGACAAUUUUUUGUUAACCAAACUAACCGAAAACCCAAAUAACCCGAACCGAACUAACCAUUAUAACCGAACCAUAUGAACCGUCUUUAAAACGCGAUUUGAAUUUCACCAAAACACCAAUCGAAUUCGAAGGUCGCAAACGCGUUUCACUGGUGAUCGCAGUCUAUUAGCUGCGGUGACUCACUCUCUUCCCCCUUCAUCGGCACCAUGGAGGAACCAGAGAGCAGGAGAGAACCAAUAGCUCUCUUCAUGGCUUUCGGCACCAAAGGAGAUGUCUACCCUCUCGCUGCCAUUGCAGCAGCUUUGGCUCGUGAUCAGCCUAACUACUCUGUGUUCUUGAUUUCACAUUUAGCUCAUGAGAACCUAAGCUCACACUUGUUCAAAGCAAACGUUUCUUAUGUUCCUGUCUCUUCUCCUCCUGCUCAGUCUAGUGAAGCUCUGGGUACUCAGGAAGCUACAGACUCAACAAGGAAACUCUUUUUGGAGGAGAAGGAAAGGAUCAAAAGGGAACACAGACAAGAGUGUUGUUCUGCAUUUGAAACCAUCUUUGGAGAGGGUUCUUGUAUGGAUGGUGAUCUCGUUGUCAUAAAUUUCUUUGCUUUGGAAGGAUGGAGCCUGGCAGAGCUUUAUCAGAUCCGUUGUGUGGUGGCUGCUCCUUAUGUUGUUCCGUAUAGUCCACCAUCAGGGUUUGAAAGACAGUUCAGGAAGGAACUUCCGGAGCUGUACAAGUACUUGAAAGAAGCCCCCAUCGGCAAGGUUAGCUGGAGUGAUGUAACUCAUUGGAUGUGGCCUCUUUUUACUGAAGAAUGGGGAUCUUGGCGAUCUGAGGAACUCAACCUAAGCUGUUACCCUUUUGCAGAUCCGGUAACAGACCUUCCAAUUUGGCAUAUCCGGCCACCAUCUCCACUAGUCUUGUAUGGUUUCAGCAAAGAAAUUGUAGAAUGCCCUGAUUACUGGCCACUGAGUGUUAGAGUGUGUGGCUUUUGGUUUAUACCCAACGAGUGGCAGUUCUCGUGCAACAAGUGUGGAGACAACCCCUCUGCAGGGCCGCUGGGUACAGACGAUUCCCAUACAACAUGCUCAAACCACACUGAGCUGUAUUCUUUUGUAUCGUCUUUAGAGCCAGCUCUUCCUAUUUUUGUAGGGUUGAGUUCCAUUGGAAGCAUGGGUUUUAUGAAGAAUCCCCUGGCUUUUUUUCGGAUUCUCGAGUCUGUUACCCAGAUUACAGGCUACAGAUUCAUCCUUCUCACAGCGGGUUAUGAACCUCUAGAAGCAGCAAUUCACACCAUUGCUAAUAAACCGGCUUCAAAAAGAUCUUUACAGGAAGGAGUCUCUAUCUUCAACGGCAAGCUUUUCUGCUUCUCUGGUCAGGUGCCAUACAACUGGCUGUUUAGAAGAUGUGCUGCUGCAAUUCAUCAUGGUGGCAGUGGCUCCACAGCUGCAGCAUUACAUGCUGGAAUCCCACAGAUUAUAUGCCCAUUUAUGAUGGAUCAGUUCUAUUGGGCGGAGAAGAUGACUUGGCUUGGGGUUGCUCCACAGCCAUUGAAAAGGAACCACUUGCUACCGGAGGAAUCAAAUGAUGAGAGCACCAUGGAAGCUGCACAAGUGGUAGCAAAAGCCGUAUACGAUGCACUGUCUGCAGAAACUAGAGCUAGUGCCAUGGAAAUCGCUGAAUUACUAUCUCGUGAGGAUGGAGUCUCAGAAGCUGUGAGAGUGCUUAGGGAAGAGGUGUGUGAAGUUUCAGGCAGCAACCAAACGUAGUCACAGACACCGCCAAGCUUAUAUCAAAGUGAUGGUGAUCAAUGCGUUAUCAACAAGAAGAGCACUCAAAAGGAAUCUUAUCAAGCUCUAUCAACAAGAAGAGCACUCAAAAGGAAUCUUAUCAAGCUCAACAAUCGACUAAGAUAAAUUCUAACUGUUAGUUUCUGCUUAGCUUAGCUUCUUCAGUCUAAAACCUCUUCAGAUCCCGUGAAAGAACAACAGUGUAAGUUGUGUUGUUCAUUUUGAGGCACAUUCGAAAAGUUUUGUGGCCAGAGAGAAGUGGAAGGGAUCACAAAAGUCUUGCAAGUGCUUUUGGAAGAAAAGAUCAUUUUAUUUUUAGUUGUGUUGAUACUCUGAUUAGAUCUCAAAAUUGUAUUUUACUUUCUCAGUGUUUCUAAUAAAAUAGCCACAUCUUUUAUAUCCUA